UCCAGUCGCCAUCUAUAAACGCGUACGCGCAUUUCAUAUAACCUUAUUAUCGUUUUUUGCCAGAAGAAAAUGCAAAUGUCAAUUCCGGAAACUGCUGCACAUCAAAAUUCCUGAUUAUUUAACAUUUCACUAGGUCGUUCUCGAAAUAAGUCUGCGCGAUGGCUCUUCAAGCGUCCAAAAACAUCACCAACACCAUAAUGAUGCAAACCAAAAGCAAGCUAUGGACGCCUGCGGGACAACUCCUGAAACGUUGCACGUCCACUGAAUGGGCGAACUUAAGCGAGAGACCUAAGAAGAAGGUUACGGACAUGCCCCCAAUGGACGAGCCUGUGAAGGGGCUGCCAAAACCCGUCUACGCCAGUUUACGGGAAGAGCACCAGCACACGCAGGUGACGGUGCUUUCGAAUGGCCUAACUGUCGCGUCCGAGAACAGAUUCGGCGAAUUUUGCACGGUCGGGGUCAUAAUAGACUCUGGGUCAAGGUACGAGGUGGCCUAUCCGAGUGGGAUAUCGCAUUUUCUCGAAAAACUCGCAUUUAACUCCACAAAACACUACCCUGACAGGGACGAAAUGAUAAAUAAGCUAGAAAAGCACGGCGGCAUAUGCGACAGCCAAGCGUCUAGAGAUACUUUUAUUUACGCGGCGUCCGCGUACACCUCCGGCCUGAAUGACGUCAUACAACUGUUGGCCGAAGCAACUUUGAGACCCCAAAUAACGUCUGAGGAGGUCCUGGGUGCUCGUCAGGCGAUUCAGUUCGAAUUGGAGAUGCUCGCAAUGAGGCCCGAGCAGGAAACCCUCCUUACAGACAUGAUCCACGCGGCCGCAUACAGGGACAAUACACUGGGGUUGCCCAAACUGUGCCCGACCGACAACCUGGAGAAAAUCGAUCGGGAAUUGCUGUUCAUGUACCUGAGCAAACAUUACACUCCAACAAGUAUGGUCGUGGCCGGGGUGGGGGUGGAGCACGCGAGACUAGUCGACGCGGUGCAGAAAUACUUCAUUGACGUGAAACCCUUGUGGGAGACGGAAAGUUUGUACUCAAAAGCACCGGACAUAGACAGAAGCAUCGCCCAGUAUACGGGCGGGAUGGAGCAGGAGGAAUGCGACGUGCCCCAAUUCGCGUCCGCCGGCCUCCCCGUACUGUCCCACGUGAUGAUCGGGCUGGAAGGGUGCUCCCACCAAGACAAAGACUUCAUCGCGAUGUGCGUGCUUAACAUGAUGAUGGGGGGCGGAGGCUCGUUCAGCGCCGGCGGGCCCGGCAAAGGGAUGUACACACGCCUCUACACGAACGUCCUCAACCGGUACCAUUGGAUGUACAGCGCAACCGCGUACAACCACGCCUAUUCGGAUACGGGGCUGUUUUGUAUACAUGCGAGCGCACCGCCCACCUACGUGCGCGACAUGGUCGAGGUCAUCGUCAAGGAGAUGGUCACGAUGAGCGGCAACGUUGGAGAGCAAGAGCUGAGACGAGCGAAAACGCAGCUCCAAUCGAUGCUGUUGAUGAAUCUCGAGUCUCGGCCUGUAAUGUUCGAGGACAUCGGGCGGCAAGUACUCGCCACAGGCCACAGGAAACGGCCAGAAUACUUUAUUAGGGAAAUCGAGAAAGUGACCAAGGACGAUAUAGUAGCGGUGGCAAAGCGCCUGCUUAACUCUCAACCUGCCGUGGCGGCGAGAGGCGACCUGAGAAAGAUGCCUUCGCUGGAGUACAUCCAGGCGGGCCUGAUCGACUCCGAUGGGAAGAUGCCCAGCAGCAGGAAACUGUCCUUGUUUAGAUAGGUCGAUGUUCAUUUGGUUUUGACAUUUGCUCAAGCAAUUUUCAAGGCAAAAGCGAAAGCGGCAUCAAGCGGGGCGCUUAAGAUUUUAUAAUUUUUAGCGACUGUUGUAAUUGAACCUUGUACAUACCUUACUACUUAAUUUUUUUUUUUAAUAAA